CAGCAAAACAGUGACGUCACGUGAGUCACGUGGUAUAAUACUAAGCCGCUGUCAACAAACGGGUAUGGUGCUUUUGUUAACCAGUCUUUCAUUGAAGGCUUCAAUAAACAGCUUUUUGUCAGGGGUGAGCAGCAGGUGCCCUAGGCUGUGUCUCUGUAGAGAGAAGAAUCAAUGGUGUGCAGAGUUCUCACACCGCCUUGUGCACGCUGGAUGAACGCGACGUUACUCCGCACACAACGGCUGCACAUUUAUGGCGUUUAUGAGGGUGAUGAACUGUGGAGACUUCUGCCAGGCACAGCACCAGAACCUGGUCAUUGUGGACAAGUGAACAGCCUUCAGCCAAACAUAUGAAGAAAUACCCCACCAGAAGUCGACCAGUACUCCUGGAGAGAGAGAGAGGCUGGUAUAUCCCCAAGUGUAUGGCUUGGAUUGAUCUAAUCCAGCCACCAAAUAACCACUAAACCAUUCCUGAAUGGGCUAGUUGGGAUUAAGUCUAAAGGGAUACCCCCUUUCUUUUGUUUUCAUAUUCCACUUUUAUUUACUUUGGCCCCAUAGUUUGUGUCUUUCUACAACCACCUUAAUAGUAAGUCUUCCUACCAUUUUGGAGUACUUUUCUCUUCUACUGUACUGGACACCCACUUUUGGAAGACUCCCUCUAUCUGUCAAGAUGAAUCGACCCGCUCCUGUUGAAAUCACCUAUGAGUGUAUGAAGUUCCUGAUCACCCACAACCCCACUAAUGCCCAGCUGGUGAAGUUUAUAGAGGAUCUGAAGGCUUUUGGGGUUCAGACACUGGUCAGAGUGUGUGAUGCCACUUAUGACAAAACCCCCCUGGAGCAGGAAGGCAUCACUGUGUUGGAUUGGCCCUUUGACGAUGGUUCUUCCCCCCCUGAACAAGUUGUUGAUGACUGGCUUAACCUUCUCAAGUGUAAAUUCCGUGAGGAACCUGGUUGUUGCAUUGCAGUGCAUUGUGUGGCUGGCUUGGGUCGAGCCCCAGUCCUUGUAGCCCUGGCGUUGAUUGAGUGUGGGAUGGAGUAUGAGGAUGCUGUUCACUUCAUAAGACAAAAGAGACGUGGCGCUUUCAACUCAAAACAACUCCUGUACCUUGAGCAAUACAAACCCAAGAUGCGCCUCCGCUUCAAAGAUGCUAAUGGGCAAAAUUGUUGCAUUCAGUAAAAAGUUAAGCGAUAUUGUCAAGGUUUUCUUAGAAAUAUACCUGGAUGAAUAAGAACUGUAAUUAAUUGAUUAUACCCAAAUAAGUCUUAAUAUUCUAAUUAAAUUAAACAAUGUGUAAACAAUGUGAAGAGACCAGAUAGACUCAUCUCUGAGAUUUUAGCACAGAGGUUUUCCCUCAAUUACUGUAUUUGUGAAUCAUUAAAGCAAGGUUUUUCAAAUGUUACUAGUUGUUGGUGGUAUGAUCAUGUACAAGUUGUGAAAAGAUGAAUAUGUUUAUUUGAUAAGUCUGGUGAACAGCCUUUGAUAGUGUUUCUUAAAAUACAAUCAAAGACAAGCACACAUCUGCACAAAAACUAUUUAUUGGGUACUUUCUAUAACAUUGUGUGGUAGACAUGUUUUAGUUUAUGGUAAAUGCAUCAAAAAGUAAAUUAUAACUUAUAUUUGGGUAUAACUUCUUUGUUCCAAAUGGUGCCUAGUCAGUAUAAUUUGAAUGAAUAUCAAAUCAAACUUGUCAUUUAGACCAAUUGUUAUUACCAUGGUAUUACUGUUUUGCCAUGCCAUUUCAAAGUAAAUACCUUCAUUUUAUUUGACUAAAUGUUUGUGCUGUAAAUAAAUGUGUUCAACCUAA